AGUGGGGGCGGGGCGGGCAUACACUUAGCAAGGACCCUCGGAGCGGCCCUCGAAUCCUGUGGGGAGGUCACUGGGCCGCAGGCCAGCGGGGUAUCCAGGCAUUCCCCGCGGCGGACAGCAGUUUGCAUUCCUAGGCUGUGGUUCGCAUCCUUCCUCCUUCGGGCCUCACUAAGGGGUCCGCGUGCCACCCAGCCCCAGUUCUGCCCUUCCCCUUCUAGACCACCUGCUCUCGGAGCUACGGCAACUGGCACCUCCUGCCAUAUUUGGAGACCCUGUGGGGCCCCGUGGAGGCUUUGCUUCAACGUGUCCCCUCCCCCCUACAUCCUUUCGCCAUCCCGAGUCCGGCGGUUCGACCCCUUCCGCUGUCCCCGCCCUCCGCCCUUGCCAUCCCGGAGGGCGCCUGGGGCCGCCAGAGUUCCCGUUUUGUCGCAGCGGAGCAUAGACGUCUUGGGCUGAGGGCCCGCCCCUCCCAGCGACGCGGCCGGCCGGGGGUGGCCAGGCCAGAGCCUGCAGGGGUCACCCCGAGUCACCACUGGGAAGCCCGGACCGCGGCGGAAGGCGAAGACGUGGGCUAGCGCAUGCGCAGACGAAGCAGGCACCGACGCAGGGUCUUCCCACAGUGUGAUUUGGGGCCCGGGCUGAAUGGCCGGGCGGCGGGGUUGGCGAUUGGUCCAGAUUUGUGGUGCCACCGUCCACCGGCUCCGCCCCGGCUCCCGCCUCAGAGUGCCGGGGAAGGUUCCCCGUAAGGCCUGGGAUCCUUUUGUGGCGUUUCACAUCAACAAGGGCCUUGUGAGGAAGUAUAUGAACUCUCUCCUGAUCGGAGAACUGUCUCCAGAGCAGCCCAGCUUCGAGCCCACUAAAAAUAAAGAGCUGAUCUACGAGUUCCGGGAGCUGCAGGCCACCGUGGAGCGGAUGGGGCUCAUGAAGGCCAACCAUGUCUUCUUCCUGCUGUACCUGCUGCACAUCCUACUGCUGGAUGUUGCUGCCUGGCUCACCCUUUGGGUCUUCGGGACAUCCUUUGUGCCUUUCCUCCUGUGUGCGGUGCUGCUCAGCACGGCUCAAGCUCAGGCUGGCUGGCUGCAGCAUGACUUCGGGCACCUGUCCGUCUUCAGCACCUCUACUUGGAACCACCUGCUCCAUCAUUUCGUGAUUGGCCACCUGAAGGGCGCCCCCGCCAGUUGGUGGAACCACUUGCACUUCCAGCACCAUGCCAAGCCCAACUGUUUCCGCAAAGACCCGGACAUCAACAUGCACCCGUUCUUUUUUGCCCUGGGGAAGAUCCUCUCUGUGGAGCUUGGGAAACAGAAGAAAAAGUACAUGCCAUACAACCACCAGCACAAAUACUUCUUCCUGAUUGGGCCCCCAGCCUUGCUGCCUCUCUACUUCCAGUGGUAUAUUUUCUAUUUUGUUUUCCAGCGGAAAAAGUGGGUGGACUUGGCCUGGAUGAUCAGCUUCUAUGCCCGCAUAUCCCUCACUUACGUGCCGCUGUUGGGGCUGAAAGGCCUCCUGGGCCUUUUCUUCAUGGUCAGGUUCCUGGAAAGCAACUGGUUUGUGUGGGUCACACAGAUGAACCACAUCCCCAUGCACAUUGAUCACGACCGGAACAUGGACUGGGUCUCCACCCAGCUCCAGGCGACAUGCAAUGUCCACAAGUCUACCUUCAAUGACUGGUUCAGUGGACAUCUCAACUUCCAGAUUGAGCACCAUCUUUUCCCCAUGAUGCCUCGACACAAUUACCAUAAAGUGGCCCCCCUGGUGCAAUCCCUGUGUGCCAAGCAUGGCAUAGAGUACCAGUCCAAGCCCCUGUUCUCAGCCUUCGCCGACAUCGUCUACUCACUGAAGGAGUCUGGGCAGCUCUGGCUAGAUGCCUACCUUCACCAGUAACGACUGGCACUCCUCCCCCCACCUGGAAGAGAUGUCUGUCUUCACCGAUAACACCAGCCCACCGGGAAGGGGAGUCUGCACCAAAGCAGAGGGGAGCUUAUGGGACAAUGCCACUAUAAUUCUAAUAUUCAAAGGGGGUGGGUUUGAGGAGACAAAGACUCUGACUCAAACCUCCCCCCUUUAUCUUCCAGGCACAGAUUUAAGACCCAAAGGGGUAGGGGACCGUGCAUGCCUUCUGGAAGGAGCGGUGGGCCUGAUGGGGCAGAGAUGUGGCAGUUUUGUUUCCUUUUUCUAGUUUGGCAGAUGCAGAUGGUUGGUGAGCAAAGAAGGGGGUCCAAGGGUGUUGGAAGACUAGGGAGGACCUAUUGAGCCCAGAGAUCAGGAAGAGAAUGAGCAUAAAAAUUCCAUCCAGGGGGUGCCUGGGUGGCUCAGUCGGUUAAGCAGCAGACUCUUGACUUUGCCUCAGGUCGCAAUCUCACGGUUCCUGAGUUCAAGCCCCGGAUUGGGCUCUGCAUUGACAACCCAGAGCCUGCU